AUGCGAUGCGCGAGCAAGGCCGCCGAGAGCGCGUCUGCACAUCUCUGUGCAGACGCCGAAGCAGAAACCGCAGCAAACGAUGUCUCGUCGGUUGCUGAAGCGACUCAGCCUGUGUCACCUGGUGAUGCAGGCGCAUGUCAUGAAGACACUCGUGUCUUCACAGAGUAUGAGCUCGGUGUCUCAUGCUCUCCUGAUACGGAAGAGGGAUCCGUAUCGAAGGCAGCUGAAAUCAAGCCGCCUGCCAAGCGUGGCAUGGAUGAUGCUACUCGUCGUAGCAUCUUCGGUUCAUCUGACGAAUCAGAUGAACCAUCGCCGAAGCGAAGGCGCUCGAGAUCGCGAGACUCGGGCGCUCAUCGUGAGCGGGACCGCAGUGUCUUGCGUCUCGCUCCCGAGAAGAAGGCAUGGAUGCCUCCUAAAUCUGUCAUGGAUCACUUGUCGGCGACGACGAGUGAUCGUUAUCGAACACGGUUGUUCGAUACGUCAAUGAUCCAUCACCUUGACCCCAGCACGAAAAACUAUCGCGCUGAACAUGAAUUCUUCAUCGAUGCUUUCUUUAGACAUAGAUGGUACAGUGGGAAUCACAAGCGUGAUGGUCCGUCACUGCUUCAAGCGUGGAACGCCUACAUCCAUAACCUCGAGGAUGUAGGUCGUGACGCUUGGAACGACAAACUUAUCAAAGCUCGUGAUAAGUUUGAAAAGCGAACCCCGACAGGUGCACGCUACAAGCUGCAUCGUCUGUCAAGGGAGAAAGGAUUAACCUGCCUCUCUUGGGGAGACUCGUGCCCAUGUUGUGUGAACAACUCUGCACGAGCACCUAAGGAGGCUUACCUCUUUACCAGCCCGUGGUGGCGCGUACGUGUCUCUACUGAGAUGUACGAAGGGAUUGACAACCUGAAAUACCUUUACGACCGUGCCGGGAAGACUUUCUCCGGCGGUCCUUCUGCGGCACAGGAUGUGCCGCGUCGUACUGCUCAACCAGACCCAGUACGUCAACCAUCAGUCGGGAGCGGGGCUCCCAAGUAUCCUAGGACGGGGGAUAGCCGCGCCACCGGACGAGGUAACUCGUCCGACGUCCGUUCACGUCGCGGUGGUUCAACAGCUGCUCAACUAGAUAGCGCUGGCCACCGCGAGAGUCCUCUAAUAGAGGUGGAGGAGGAGGAAAGACGCUCUCCACACAGUCGUGGGGAAGCGUGUGUUCCUGAGAGAUUCUUUGAUCGCGUAACGCAAGGGUUACGCGGCGAUCUUGAACAUGAGCGGGACAGGCGUCUCCAACUGGCGGACGCUGUCUCGAAGCAUCGAGCUGAGUUUGCCUUUGCUCAGCUUGAGAACGAGAGAGCUCUGACAUCUCUUCGUGACGAGCUAAGGGUAGCUCGUGGGAUUGUUGAUCGGUCUCGGGAUGAGCUAAAUGCUCUUCAGACCCUUGUCGAUGCCAAUCAUCGGGAGCACAAGGCUCUCUGCGAGAUGCUUGAGCGAAAGGGCGUUCUUCAUCGGAAGAAGCAGCGUACUGAUGGUACGGCUUAA